GCACUAUAAAACAAAUAGUAUCUUCCUUACAACUACACAUCAUUUCAAAGUUUCACACAUUUCAUCAUGAAUAACUCAGUUAACCAAAAAAAGAAAACCAUGGGACGCAAGAAGAUCGAAAUCAAGAAAGUCGAAAAAGAAAGCAACAAACAAGUCACAUUCUCCAAAAGAAGAUCCGGUUUAUUCAAAAAAGCUUGCGAACUUUGCGUCUUGAGCGAUGUUAAUCUCGCCAUCAUUGUGUUCUCUCCUGCUGAUAAACUAUUCUGCUGCAGUCGACCCAACACCGACGCGAUCCUCAAGAGUUACAUCAAUGGAACCACCGAGUUUGAGGAUCAGAAGUCGACGGAACAUUCUUCGAUCUGCGAGGAGUAUAAUAGAGAAUAUGAAGAGGCACUAAAGAUGUUGGAAAUGGAAAAGAAGAAACUUGCGGAUAUUGAGCAUUUGGCUAGGGAUUGGAAUAACGGUGGAUGGUGGAAUGAUUCUAUAGAUGAUAUGGGUAGUGAACAGCUUCAGCAAUUUAUGAUGUCCAUUUUUGAGUUGAGGAAGAAGCUUGCGGAGAAAGAACAUGAACAUCUCAUGAUGUUUUCUAUGUAAUAGAACUGUUUGUCGAUUAAUGAAUAAAUUGUUUUUUUUUUGUUUGUUUCUGUUCUUUCAGUCUGCACUUUGUAUACCGC